CAAUCUUGAUGACUGCAUCGAAGGCAAGCAGUACCAUGAUGUUGUUGGUGGUUACCAACGUUUAGAUGUGUUCGAGUUGAGAGUCAAUCGUACAAGGAAGAGUCCGGCUAUAUUCAGCGACGACAGCCUCGCUUCAGGAAAGUAGGUGCCAUCCCAUAUGGUGGGGAUUUGGCCAAAAGACGGAUUUUACUCCAUGAAGACGGCGCAGAUUCCAAACAAGUGGUCCUGCACGAGAGUGUGAAAACGAAGCCGUGACGUUGCAACCCCGAAUGGUUGACACGGUGUGUGAAUGCUGAGGAGUUGACAAUACCUGACUUCCAUGAAUUCGAACUGCCUCACCCAUCAGUCACCACUCACCAAUCACCAGUCAUGCAGACUGUUCACAUCGUCCUCAGUGACAGCCAUCUGGACAAUGACACCGUAUGUCCAAGCUCUGAAGAUGAUCUCAGACAAUACUUACAUCCUUUUCACCUCGGUACCAUUCCAGAUCACCCCAUCUCUUACAGUCGUACUAUAACCAUCCAAAAUGAUGACACCAUCCUGGAUAGGCCGCGACCAACCCUUCAACAUGGUCAACAAAAUGAAACAGUCAGGAGUCGAACUCACCAUCGCCCUCAUCCCGCGCCGAUGCUCCAUCACCGACCCGGACGAAAUGUGCGACAGGCCACAGCCCGUAGCAGUCCACAUCGGCAUCAUCGUCCACGGCAAGAAACCAAUCUACAUGAACAAGAUCAAGACACUCAACGAGACGACCAACACGGCGAAUGGACCUCACUUUGCAUUCAUCGACUCAGAGACCGGAGAGACGUGGUUCGCAUUCACUCUGGACGUGUGGAACGAGGGCGAUCUCGAUGCGAGGAAGGCGUUGGCUGUGAUCACCGGGGAAGAUCUGUGCGAUGCGCGUAUCCGGCUCCUCGAGCCCAAGACGGGUGUGGUCUACAGACAUGUGGUCGAUCUCACGGUGCUGCCGAAGUACGAGGAGAAAUGGAAGGGCAGGAGGCUUAGGCUUGAAGUUCGGCAGGAUGCGCGAUUUGGUGGAAACGUGCCGACAGAUCUGAAGAGACAUGGCGAGACGUUGCCGGUGCCGAUCGUUGGGGUGCCGUUGUUCGUGUCGUCGUGGCGCAACGAGAUUCCUGUUCUGUGAGAGUACGGCCGGGUAUGAAGUGGUGGGGAGUUGACGGUGUGGAAAGAGGAGAAGAAGAAGUCGUGGAUGAUAUGAUCAAUAUGGACUAGAUUGAGAGUGAGGCUACGAAAACAGGCAAGGAAAGCAAUACCAAGUGAUGCACACAGCAGACUGCAAAGCCCCUGAGUGC